GUUCCAGACACACAACUUCACAAAAAACGCAAACUGUCAACAACCUCAACGUGGCAGAGACGUUUCGAAAAAUUUGAACAUUCACGUCAAUUUUUUUAAUGACUGACGUAAUCUAAAAUGUGAACGUGCUGACAGAUUACAUUUAUAGUACAGAAAGUGAUUUAUAGUGCGUGCACAUUUAUGCUAAUUGAUUUAUCAACUUUUUUGCAGUUCACUGAAAUUUCAUAGAAAGUAAAAAGAAAGUGAAUUAUCGAAGAAAAAGUUAAUUUUUUUCUUUGUAAGAUUUUUGCACAAUGUCGUAUUUAUACCAGAGUGUUAAAGGAUACAUAUUCAAGACACCUCCUCCAGAACCAGACAAAGAAGAAGAGAAAAAAGAAAAGGAUGAGAAUGAGACAGAUGAAGAUCUAGAAGUAACAGAAGAAAACACAUUAGGCCAGUCCGACAAGAAAACAGACGAGGUUAAAGAAGAAAUCCCACAGGCAAACAUUGUAUGGAGAAUGUCAUCGGGAGUUUACAAUACAGCUACUGGUGCGGUGGGAAUGGGUGUAGGUGGAGUCAAGUGGGUAGCUGGUAAAAGUUAUGACGUUGGAUCUACAGUUGUUAGCAAUGUUAAAGUACCAAAAUUAUCAAGUUUCAGAAGAAAAGACAAAAAAGAAUAGAAUUGGUUAUUUAAUAGUUUUAUAUAUACACUAUUUUCCUGCCAUAUUUACAAUCAGUAUUAUAAUUAUCAAUGAGGUGUAAUAUCAUUAGAAAAAGCAAUGCAAUUUUUGUUAUUAAGUAGUGUUCUUGCCAUAACUUUAUUUUUAUUCAGUAUUUUAAUUGUUUUGAAAUCCAUUUUGAAAGAAAGUAAAGUGUCCUCAAAUUAUGACUUCUCAGAUAUAUUUUACGUAUGCAAGUCCAAGGUCCAAUACCUUUUAAUUUAUUUUUAUAAAGCUUUAAGGAAUUUUCAUUGGUAAACUUAAAGUCUGAAAGACCUUUUUAAUAAUUUAAGUAAAAUAAUACAUGUUUUGUUCGAUUUACAUGUGUAUUAUUUGUAAUUGAUUCUAUGCUGUGACUCAUAUUAUGGAUUUUUUUCAUUUCCAUAUGUCAACAUUGGGAGUGGGCAUAGAAUGAGAAAAGUCUCUAGAUGGUCCCCAAUCGUCACUCUUCCCCCUUGUGGAGUAGACGUACCAUUUUUGUUUCUUAAGUCAUUAAAAUUGAACAUACAAUACCUUUUUAAAAAUGAGUAAAGCAUUUGUAUUUCAAUUCAAUGCAAAAUUUGAGGUUCAUUUUGAGUACCUAUUGAUUGUGAGUAGGUGGAAAUGUAAAAAUCCUCAUGAUCUGAAGCAUAGAACAUCUGCCACUCAUCAUCAAUUACAAAUAAUACACACAUAAAUCUAACAAAAAGUGUAUGAGGGUCUAGAUGGGGUUUACAGAAUAGAGAAUAAUUGGUCCAAAAAAAUAGAGAAAAUUGGCCAAAGAAUAUAGAAUAGAGAACAGUAAGGUGCUAAAAUAUAAAGAAUAGAGAAUAAUGGGCUCGAAUGAAUAAAGAAUAUAGAAAAAUAGCCUAAAAAAUUUAUAAUAUACAGAUAUGAGGACCCCUUGUGUAUGUUGUCAUUAGAAACUGAGCUGAAUGAGUUACAUCUUCCCUUAUAAUCCAUACAUUUGUUUAUCACUUGAUCUAAUCUCAUUUUACACACACCUGGCCUUUCUCAAAGAUGCUGUACCAAGUACUUUUACUCUUUUACAUAACUAAAAAGUAUCAUCUGCAUUGCUGAAUUUUUUAUGUAAUUAAGGUAUUCAUAAAAAGUGUAGGAAUAAAAACUUGUCUAAAAGUGUGAAAUAAAAAGGAAUUGGUAAAGAAUUUUUAGUGGAGGUCUGUUUAAAUUAAAUUACUUUACUCUACCCCUUCCCCUGAAAAAUAGAACAAAUGAAUAACGACUGUCAUAUUGCUGCCUUGUUAAAAACUUUUUAAAAAAUAGGUGUUUGGGAUAGACCUGUUUUACCAUCUUGUCCAAAUGUCUCACUUGUGGUAUGAUAAGUCAUUCAUGGUUCCUUACAUUUCAAACUCUUCAAGACAAUACAAAAAUUACAAUGCAUACAGUACACAGACUUUCGAAUGUUGUAAUAUAGUAACAAAAAGUUAUAUGAAUCUAGAAAAUACUUGUAAUUUGUUAGCAUGUAAAUUCAACAUUAUUGUUUAUGGUCAAUAUUUACAUAUUAAACUGAUGAAGUACAUGUAGUAAUUACAAUUAAUGGUGAAAAAAGUCAUUCAACUUUUAUUGUCAAGAUCGAUUGAUUUAUUCUGUGUUCCAUGAACUCAACUUUAUUAACCAAAGAAAAUUUGUUUAAUGGACAAUAAAAGACAAUCAGAGUCAAAUAUAUGCUUUGGAUUCUACAACUUUUGCUUAAAAUAUAAAAACUACAACAAAAAAAGAAUUGAUUUAAAUAUAUUUUUAGGAAGUUAAUAUAAUAAUAAACAGUUGACAUUCAACAUAACGUAUACCAUUUUCCAGUUCAGAGAAAUUGUUGGCUCACAAAACCAUUCUCUUAAUUUAGUAUUUAAAAAACAAUAAAGAUUUUUAAAUAACAAUUUAAAUCAGGUUCUUAUUCAUUUUCAUUCAACUUGUAAUACAGAUCCUGUGUCUGUGCUUCCCUUACAAGGAUAUAACAGUACUUC